GUAAGAUUGGGCAGGGCGGCAGGCUGACGCAUGUCUGAAAAAGCUCACCUUGCCUGACAGAGCUGUAAAACAGAGAGAGCAGGAAACCAAAGAGACGAGAAAAAGCUUCUCCUCUGUCUUUCAUUCCUUCAUUGACUUACGAGGUUACAUCACCUCAAGCACCGUGGAGACAAGGCCGGGGAACCAAACUAGAGGUGCAGACAUCAGCUUCAAAACUCAAGACAUACUGCAUUCUCUCUCUCUCUCUCUCUCUCUCUCUCUCUCUCUCUCUCUCUCUCUCUCUCUCUCUCUCUCUCUCUCUCUCUCUCUCUCUCUCUCUCUUCCUCUCUCGCUCUCCUUGAUACAUAAACAAGGCCGAAAUCAAGCAAGCCGACUUAAGCCUUGUGUCCUGUGAUAGCGGAGCAUCAGCAGAAUGGGAGAGGGGUCACGCUACCUCAUCAAUCACCUGGCAACGUUCAGUCUUCAGGAGGGGGAGGUGGCGAGUGUGGAGGAGGCGCGGGCUCGCUUCUCCUCUCUGGCCCGCUCCCAUCGCCUCUGGAGCCAGGAGAUGCUGCUGGAGGUCCGGCCCCUGGUCCUGAUGCUGAGAGACAAAGAGAGCCAGGAACUCUUGGAGCAGUACCCUCUGUCAUCAGUGCACCGCUGUGAGUGUGUGUCGGCGGAGAAGGAGUACCCGUCUGUCCUGCUGCUGGUCUGCCAGGCCUCCCCUCAGAGACCCCACGAGGUCCAGUUCUUCAACUGCACAACUGUGAAGGCGGAGCGCGUGCGCAAUGACAUCAUCGGAGCCGUGUCACAACACAACGCCCGGGCUAAGAGGCAACUUCCUGAGGACGUCAGGCCAGACAUGGAUAUCCACGGGAUCCCAAGUCCACCUUACAUUCAUGCUCCAAACCCACCACCUGCUAACCCUCCUCCGUACCCAGGCAUCAGAGCUAAUGGGGUCAUUAACGGCCAGCCAGACAAGUCUUUCCUGCGAGCCCAGAGAGAAGUGGACAUCCUGAACCACUGCUUCGAUGACAUGGAGGCCUUCAUGGGGAAGCUGCAGCAGUCUGCAGAGGCCCAGAGCAUCCUGGACCAGCGCAGCAAGAAGAAGAAGAAGAGCCGCAAGAAGAGCACAGAGGACGAUCUGCUGACUGCGAAAGCCAAGCCCCCACCUGAGGAAGAAUUCAUAGACAUCUUCCAGAAAUUCAAGUACUGCUUCAGUCUGCUGGCUCGGCUGAAGGCAGCCAUCACCAACCCUACCUCAGAGGAGCUGAUACACCACGUCUUCAAACCUCUAGACAUGAUAGUGAGGACUACCGGUGGGCCAGCCCUGGCGGCCAGCGUGGUGAGUCCUGCCCUGACCACGGGAGCCGUCAGCCUGCUGCAGCAGAACGUCACCGCCGAGGAGGGACAGCUCUGGACGUCACUGGGACCCAACUGGUCACAGCCACGUUCUGAGCUGCGGGGUACCAUCCCUCCUUACGCUCCCGUCUUCCUGGAUGGCUGGAAGCCUGAGGGCUCAGACGACCCCGUGGAGACGCAGCACCGACAGGACGUCGAGCACGAGCAGCAGCAGCAGCUUCAGCAACAGCUACAGCAGCAACAGCAACAACUUGCAGAGACUGUGGUCGCUCCUGCCUCACCAAAUGAUGCAAUGGACGGUGCCAUUCCAACAGAGGAAAGACUUUACUCGGUCAGCUAUGACUUUGUGGCCAGAAACAGCAGUGAAAUUUCUGUUCUACAAGGGGAGACCGUAGAGGUCAUUGAGGCAUCAAAGCGCUGGUGGAAGGUUCGCAAUGGAUACAACGAAGUCGGCUUUGUGCCCUUCAACAUCCUGGAGCCGGUCUCCCACAUCGAGAGCCCGACAAACAAAUCGCCUAAGGCCCCUGUGCCUCCUCCGAUGCCGAAGACCUUCUCCUAUGCUCCGCCAACGCCCCCCAUGCUCCACACAGACUCCGGUGCCCCACAGAGGCCCCGCAGCAUCGCCAUGCCCUCGCACAUAGCCAUCCCCUCAGACACAGACUCCGAUAAAGUCAUGCAGGUGAAUGACGAGCUGCUGGCAAGGCUGACCAAUGGGAAGUCUGGGCUGUCUCGCCCACUGGUCAUCCCCCGUUCCUCGGAGACAUCGCUGCCCCUCGACUACCACUCGCCACCCGCCCAGGUGGUGGCAUGGCUCAGAGGGAAGGGAUUCAGUGAACCGACGGUGGAAUGCCUGGGGGUGUUGAACGGGGCCCAGCUCUUCUCCCUCAACAAGGAGGAGCUGCGCGCUGUUGUCCCUCACGAGGGGGCCAGAGUCUACAGCCAGAUCACCGUGCAGAAGGCCCUACUGGAGGAUGAGAGGAGAGCAACAGAGCUGGAGGCUGUCAUGGAGCGACAGAAGAUGAAGGUGGACCUCGAAUUGGAGAGUGGAACUCUAACCUUAUAAACUGAACACACGCACACACGCACACACAGACACACACACUGAUAAGAAAUCCACAUUACUAGAAAACAAAUUAUUAUCUUCUCUAUGACAUGUGAUCAUGAAGGCAUCAUUUGUCAUGAAAAAAACUGGUCAUACAGUGUACAUACAAUAAGUGUGGAAUACUCAUUUAUAGUGGGAAUGUCCACUUAUACAUUUACUGUAAUGAAAAAAAACAUAAAUUCACUGUAUAUAAAAAAAGAAAUACUUAUUUAACAACCGGGAAUGAAAGGGAGAACGACAGAGAGAAUGUUUAUGUAUGUAUUUAGAUCCUGUGUGAGUGUGACUCUUUGCACAUUCUGUUGACUUUUUGCUUUCUAUGUAAUCAGUUUGUCAAAUCAUUAUUUCAGCUCCAUUUGGCUUUCAUCAAUAAAUGAAUGUGUAUAACUAUAA